AUGGAGUUCUUAAUUACAACAACCCCAUCCGCCAGUCUACACUACCAUAUCUCCACCACGUUAGCUUUUCCUUUUCUUCCUCUUCUUGACCUCUUCUAUACAUUCGCUUGUAUCCCGGUUUCACUCUUCUCGUCCUCGUCAUCCUCAUCUCUAUCCCCAUUACGGGCAACAGUCACUACUUCACAGCCGCCAUCUCAUUCAUUGAAUCGUCAACGUUCGUCUGAUGACGAUGGCACCUUCGUCGGGGAGGACGACCCUGUCCAGCACCCCAACAACCCUCAUCCAACUGGAAGACCACGUGCUGGAAGUCACCUUACCGUCAACACUGACUAUGGUCACUCGAGGUCACUCCAAUCCCCGUCACAGACACGCGAGCAGGCCAGUAGAUUGGACGACGAUCUCGCUAUGCUCCAGAUCGAACGUCAAAUCUCUAACCAGGAAGGUAUCGCCCGUGAGCAAUCCAUGUCACGCUCCAUUCGCAAAGAGCGCUCCCGACGCGAGGAGCCCAUAGACGAAUUCGAUGCCGCAACCAAUCCACUGCAUGAGAAGACCGCAAUCUACAAGCCCCCCGAGAAUCCUAAUACCAGCAUUUCCAAAUUCUUCAAGAAGGUCCACAGUUCUGUCUGGAUUAUUCGCUACUUCAUCUAUAUCAUCCCAUUGGUUUUGAUCAUCCUCAUCCCAUUGCUUAUCGGAGCCCUUCUUUUCCAGGACGCUCAUGUUGGUGGGGUUUACCUCGUAUGGUUCUGUAUAUGGCUUGAGAUAGUCUGGCUUACCCUCUGGGCCGGUCGCAUCCUUGCCAAAUGCCUCCCCUGGCCCAUCGGUGUCGUCUCGAGUCUCUUCACGAAUAACAGCAAAAAGUGGAGAGAUAUGGGAAAGCAAUUGGAACUCCCGGCCACUCUAUUCUUCUGGUGGCUAGCUAUCGAGGUCUCCUUCCUACCUACCAUGAAGCACCAUCACGUCAACGGAAACUCGGCCACUAAGUCUUGGGAAUCGACCAUGAACAAAGUCAUAGUCGCCAUCUUCGUCGGUGUUGUUCUGAACUUCGUAGAGAAGAUCAUCAUCCAACUCAUUGCGAUUAGUUUCCAUUUGAGGACCUAUGCCGACCGCAUCGAGCUCAACAAAUUCCAAAUUGGAAGUCUGGCCAAGCUGUACCGGUAUUCGAAAGAGAAGAUUGCCAUGGAAGAUUCCGAAUUCGAACAAACCGGGCCAGCGUCUGGUGCCCGCACCCCCGGCCAAUUCGUCAAGGAUGCCCAGAAAACCACCAAAGAAGCCUUCAGCAAAUUUGGAGACAUGGCUGGAAAGGUGGCAGGCGAUUUCACUGGUCGCCAGGUAACUCAGAGCACCCACCCGCAGCAGGUCGUUCUAGCACUGCUUGGCAGUACCAAUGGAAGUCAAGUUCUUGCUCGACGGCUGUACCGUACCUUUGCCCGAGAGGAAACAGAAACCGUUCACUCGGAGGAUCUUAGAAACGCGUUCGAUAACGACGAUGAAGCCGAUGCUGCCUUCCACAUGUUCGAUAAAGACAUGAACGGCGACAUAUCUAUGGAAGAGUUCGAAGCUGUCUGCGUCGAGAUUGGACGAGAGCGAAAGUCCAUCACAGCCUCCUUAAAGGAUCUCGACUCGGUUGUUAGCAAACUCGACGACGUCUUCAUGUUCAUUGUCUGUGUCAUCACCAUCCUCGUCUUUAUCUCUUUGAUCUCGACAUCCGCAGCUGGUGUCCUAACCUCUGCUGGCUCUGCCGUUCUCGCCCUUUCUUGGCUGUUUUCUGCCACUGCCCAGGAGUUUCUCCAGUCCGUUGUCUUCGUCUUCGUCAAACACCCUUUCGAUGUCGGCGACCGUGUGAGCAUCUAUGGAAAUACCGGAGACCUCGGGCGGGGUGACGACUAUUUCGUGAAGGAGAUCGCGCUUCUGUACACAGAGUUCAAGAAGAUGCAGGGUCACGUUGUCCAAGCCCCCAACAGUUAUUUGAACACGCUUUUCAUUCUCAACCAACGAAGAUCCGGGGCACUUGCUGAGGCUGUUCCUGUCGUGAUCAAGUUCGGCACUACUAUCGAACAGAUUGAUGCACUUCGUCAGCAGCUCCUCGAGUUCGUACAGUCCGAGAAGCGCGAAUAUCAGUCCAAUAUUCUUACUGAGUUGCGGGAAGUGUCAGAGGUCCAUUCUCUAACGCUCAAUGUCGUCUUUUUCUACAAAUCGAACUGGCAGAAUGAAUUGCUCCGCCUCCAGCGCCGCAACAAGUUCAUCUGCGCCCUCAUGGUGUCUAUGCAAGAGUGCGGAAUCGAAGGCCCGCGCAUGAGGUAUCCCGGCCAGAAAGAAUCUUUCCCUGUGUAUCUGCAGAAUAUACCUCACGUCGCAACUCCUGGCGCUGGCGUUAGUGGUACCCCAGAUAACCCACAGGGCAAUGUUCGCGGCGAAGAGCCUCGAGAUGAAUGCAUCGUUCCUCCACCGCCUGAUGCGACUGGCAGUGUUCCUCCUAGACGCCAUGGUUCCAUCCUUCGCAACGGCUCCACACGGCCCCGUGGCGAGUCAAUGGCAGCGAUGGGUCGUCGUGUGGAUUUCUCCCUUGGUAUGCGAGACAUUUCGGCUGGCAAUAUGACUGGCGACGUGUUUGAAGAUCGAGAGUCCAACGAAAGGGCCAGGGAAGCUGUCAUUAGAGUCACUUCACCGUCACGACACUCCCAAGACCGUUCACGGACUUCCCACGACACCGCGCGCUCCACGUCUAUUGCCGAUCGGCCGAGUCGACAAUUUGGCAGUCUUCAUCGCGUCAACACUGAUAGCAGCCAGGCUCGCGAUCGAAGCAAUCAUCGCAAUCGCUUUUUCGGUCGUGGUUUCCGGGCUCAUCAGGAUGAAGAGUCGGCAAUGGCGGACAUUCCAGAGAAUGGAAACCCCUCAUCGUCUCGAGAGCGUCUUGAUCCUCGUUCUGGUCUAGUCAGUCCGAAUGCGGUCAAGAUGGAAAGCCGGGAGAAUGUAGCCCCAAGAUCGUCCGGGGCUUUGCCAGCGACCGCUGAUUCUGAUGAAACCUUCCAUGCGCCUCCUCGGGCUCAAACAGACAUCUACGAGAUGCGACAUCUGCGUUGAAAACCCUCUCAAUCUCUCUUGAGUGAUUAGCACUGACGCUUUCCGGUCUAUGUUUCUUUAUUAUUUUCCCCCCAUUAUUGUAAGCUUUCGGAUCAUUAGAAUGCGAAGAUUCUUCUUUCAGUUUAAGGCACAAGGAUGAGGGAUAUUUGAUGAUGGCGUUCAGUUCCUGGCUUCCAGCCGGACUACGAUAUGGACUCUUGCCCUUGGGACGCAGUUCUUUAUAUACACGUUGCAAGCAGCAAGAGAAUAGAUUUGAUUAGGAAGCGAGAUAUAGAUUCAAGACAAAGAAGAAGAUAAAGAAUUCAUUCCAUG